AUGGUGGCAGAAAUGGGAUCUGAAGGUGUUUACUCAGUCAACAUAGAUGCAGAACACCAUGUGGUGAUAGUUUCAGGCAGGGUAGACUCUGCUACUUUAAUCAGGAAGUUGGUAAGAUCUGGUAAACAUGCAGAGCUUUGGCCUCCGAAGUCCCAUCAGAAACUUAACCAAGGACAACCGAAUUUCGGCAGAGAUGAAAAGGGCCUUAUCAAUGGCCUUGAUGCCUUCAAAACUAGACAAAUAUAUCCCUCUUUCUUAGGCAAUGAUGCACAGGAUCACUGGAGUCUUGACAACUAUCUUAACCAAAAUAUUGGAAUGAAAACUAUGAAUGAUGGGAUUGAUCACAAUCAGAUGGCAGUAGCCAAGGUGGAUGAUACAUAUAUGAGAAACUAUGAAGACAGACUUGCCAUGGAAAAUCAAAUGAGAUCCAUGAUGGCUCCUUCACCUUUUAGUGGCAAUGGUGUAAACUUUGUCGGUUUGGGAGACCAUAACUUUGGUGGUUUUCAAGAGUUUUCAACAAGAAGGCCAGUUUAUGAAUAUGAACAUCCCCCAUCCAUGCCAAUGAACAAUAUGCAGACUCUUUACUACUUUAACCAUCCAUCUCCACAGAUAAUAGAUGUAGACAACAGUAUGAUGGGCAAUCCCAACUACACGUCUCAACCCCAAAUGAUCAACUAUCAAUCUUCCUUAGCUCCUCCCUACAAUGAUUUUGGCUUCAGUUCAUCACCAUUCUCUUACUAUUGA